UCAUCGGGCGGGUCUGGUUCAGAGACAAACUUUUAUGAAUCUUCAACAGGAUGAACAAUAAACCCAAAAUGUUUUUGUCUUUUCUAAUAAUGCUCGGUGUAUUGGCUACCGAUGCAGACGUAGUGAAGACCAUAUCAGCGAAGGAGGGAGAUUCAGUGACUCUAAACCUUGAUCCUACUGAAAUGCAGGGGUUUAACGGGAUACAGUGGAGGUUUGGAUAUGAAGGUUCGCGUGUUGCUAGAAUGGUGGAAAAUGAGAGCUCCUAUACGAGCGAUGAUAUAUUCAGAGACAGACUGGAGCUCAACAAUCAGACUGGAUCUCUGACCAUCAAGAACAUGAGAACCAAACACUCUGGACUUUAUAAAGCAGAGCUCGACCAUAUGAACGUGACUUCAAGUCAGAUAUUUAUCGUUACUGUUUAUGAGUCACCGUCUGAUGCUGGAAAAGCUGAAAUAAAUAGCUUGUCUGUGAUGGAAGGAGAUUCUGCCGUUCUCCACACUGAUGUUACUGAACUACGUGGAGAUGAGCUGAUGGUGUGGAGGUUUGGAGAUAAAGGAAAACUCAUCGCCAAACGUGACACAGAGACCAAUAGUUCAUCGUUUAUUGAUACCGAAGAGAGAUUCAUACACAGACUGGAACUGGAUCAGACUGGAUCUCUGACCAUUAAGAACACGAGAAACUCAGACUCUGGGCUUUAUAUAGUGAAGAUCAGCAGCAACAAAGACACGGUUUACAAGAAAUUCAGCAUUGCUGUCAGCGUUCUAGGUCUAUCUCCAGGCUCUAUAGCAGGAAUUGUUGUUAGUUUUCUGCUGCUCUUGGCUGUAUCUGUAAUCGGUGCUUCUUGCUAUCGCAGCAAGAUCUCUGAACUACGAUUACGAACGUAUGAACAGAAGACUGUGAUGGUGAAAUUGGGUGAUGAUGUCACACUACAGAGUGAUGCUCAUAUAAUGGCAGAAGAUCACAUCAUCUGGACAUUUGAAAAUAGAAGCGCUUGUAUUGCUGAAAUCAAACAAGAGGUCAGAGAGACGUUUGAUGCGCAUGGGAUAUUCACUGACAGACUGAUGCUGGAUGAGACUGCAUCUCUGACCAUCAGAAACACCGGACUUGAGCACUAUGGAUACUAUGUAUUAAAGGUCAAGAGAAUCGGAGGGUUUAGCUUUUACAAAAGAUUCCAUGUUGUCGUCAGUGAUUUCUCAGAGGAAGAUUGGAGGAUGUCGGUGAUGGAAGGAGAUGAUGUCACCCUAAAUUCUGGUACUAAACUGAAUGAAAAUGUGCAUGUGAAGUGGCUGUUUGGAGAAGGGUGCCUGAAGUCACCCAUAGCUGAAAUCAGCGGAGCGACCGGAGAGAUCCUUACAUAUGACGGUAAUGUUAACGGGAGAUUCAGAGACAGACUGAAGUUGGAUCAUCAGACUGGAUCUCUGACCAUCAUCAACACUGGCCCUGAAGACUCUGGAUCCUUUGAAAUCCAGACAAUGGAUAGGAAAGGGAUUAACUUCGGAUUCAGGAUGGUUUCUGUAAAUGAAAGGAGGAUAUCAGUGGAGGAGGGAAAGAACGUCACUCUUGAGAUUGAAUCGGAAAUCCAGAAUGAGGAUCAGAUCCUAUGGAUGUUUGGUGUUGAAGAGACUCUGGUAGCUCAAAUCAGAGGAGGAACCAUAGAGAUACGUGAUGAUGCUGCUGAUGGAAGAUUUGCAAACAGACUGAAGCUGGAAGAAUCUGGAUCUUUGGCCAUCAGUAACAUCACAGCUGAACACACUGGAGCCUAUAAAGCGCAGAUCAUCAGUCUUGGAAAAACCUCAUACAAGAAAUUCAAGGUUGUCAUGCCUGCUGAGUUUGUGCCAGUGAGGAAGGGAGACAACGUCACACUUCACACCGACUAUAAAGUAAAGGCAGAUGAUCAGGUCCAGUGGACGUUCGGCCCUAAAAACUCUCUCAUAGCUGAAAUGAAUGGAGAGAGUGGAGAGAUCACUAUGCAUGACGGUGUUCGGAAAGGGAGAUUCAAAGACGGACUGAUGCUGGAAAAGGAGACUGGAUCUCUGACCAUCACAAACAUUACAACUGACCUUUCCGGAGUCUAUAAAAUGAAGAUCAGCAGAAGCGCAGGAACGUCCACAAACAAGAGCUUCAAUGUUUUUGCCACAGAUUCAGCAGGAAAGGAAGUGAUUGAGUCAGCGACUGUAGACAUGCAGCUGUUGAAUGAAGAAGCUCCUGUCAGGAUGAGUGGCAUAAAGGGGACGAGUUCACUUUAAUGAGAUAAGACACACCCACUGGUGUCAACUGUGACAUCAUCAAAGUUUGUGCUCCAUCAACAUAAUUUGCCUUACAACAUUUACUCCAGAAUCCGUGAAGUGAAAAAAUGUACCAUGUUUAAGGACAACAAUUUGAGUGAAAAAGUGAAAGUGAAUUCAUACUUUUAAUUGUCACACAUCACACUAAUUACUGUCUUAGCAUUAUGACUUUUUGUAGCUUCAAUUUUGUAUUGACGUAGACAGUCUACAACCAAAAUAUCAUAUAUGGCUUUUAUUAUAUAUAUUAUAAAAUAGAUAGUGAUUAAUUCUUGAUUCUGAUUGGUUGAGAAGUGUCUGAAAGAAUACUCUACAAACUUUGUGACAGUUGCCAAGAAAAUAGUUUAUUUGAUUUGUUUUAUUUUGUGAGUCUUCGCUAUGUAUUUGAACUAACCAUUUUAUAAAACAAAUAAAUCCUGUGAAGUCAUAGUUUACAGUGAGUUUAGAGCAGCUAUAAGGGAGUUUUAGGCACUCGGCUCAAUGUUGUGUCUUAUAACGCCACUCAGUUGUUAAAUAUACACUGUAAAACAUGGCUUCUUUGGGUUUAUUGCUUUAUUUUACCACAGUAGUAUUUCUUUAACCAUUGUGUGUGCUGCUUUGAACGUUAAUCAACACAAAUAUGGUAAUGAUAACCUCACAUGACCUCCUGAUGUAUGUAAAGAUCUGUGCCACAUGUAGUAAACUACAAUGUGUAUGACUGUUGUAGCAAUUAGCCAGCUACUCAUCUACACUAACAUUACAUUUUGUAUUUUACAUUUAAAUUGUAAACAUUAUGCCUUUUAUUUGCACCUGUCACAUUUAAUAAAGCACUUUAUAUAAA